GAACUGCUGCUGAGCGCGGCGGGCCGGCUUUUCGAGGCUGAGCGGCGGCAGCGUCUGUGCCCGCAGCCCCCUCAGCCGCGCGCCGGCCCGCGGAGGGGACGUAACGGGUCAAGCGCCGGUCGGCCAGCUGCUUCCGAGGCGGACGAGCGGCCCGGCGUCGCGGCCUCACUGCAGCCGGCGCUCGGGUGCCGGGGCAGCCCGGCCCGGCUGGUUCUGCGGGCGCCCGGGGAGGCCCCGGGAAGCCAGGCUGCCGCCCGGCGUUGAUGAAAAAGGAUGACAGUGAAGUUGGGCGACGGCGGCAGCGGGGAGGACGGGCUCAAGAAGCUGGGUAAGCGGGCGGCCGAUGAGGAGUCCCUGGAAGGUGAAGGGGCUGGCGGCGCAGACGCGGCCGAGGAGAGCAGCGGCACAAAGAGGGACGAAAAGACCCCCCGGGCCGGCGCCGACGGCACCCCCGCGCCCCCCAACGCGCCGCAGGCGCCGUCUCCGCCGCAAGGCAGCCCCCAGGACCAGCACCACUUCCUCCGGUCCAGCGUGCGGCCGCAGAGCAAGAGGCCCAGGAAGGACCCUCCGAACGCCGUGGGGAGCGGCAACGCUGGUGGUCCGGGGCCCCGCGGAAAAGGAGCUGAAGGUGGAGGAUCAUCAUCUGGAAAUGUGUCUGGGGUUGCCUCUGCUGCCCCUGCAGGGGCCUCGCGCUCCUCCUCCCGGAACUUAGGGUCUUCUGGUGGUGAGAAGGAAGAAGGCAAAAAGGUUCGGCGGCAGUGGGAGUCAUGGAGCACAGAGGACAAGAACACCUUCUUCGAGGGGCUAUAUGAGCAUGGGAAGGACUUUGAAGCGAUUCAGAACAACAUUGCACUGAAGUACAAGAAGAAAGGCAAGCCAGCAAGCAUGGUGAAGAACAAGGAGCAGGUCCGCCACUUCUACUACCGCACCUGGCACAAGAUCACCAAGUACAUCGACUUUGACCACGUGUUCUCUCGAGGACUGAAGAAGUCUUCCCAGGAGCUGUACGGCCUGAUCUGCUACGGCGAGCUGCGUAAGAAGAUCGGGGGCUGUAUGGAUGACAAGAAUGCGACAAAGCUGAACGAACUCAUUCAGGUUGGGGCCACCACUGUACGUUACAAAGGGCGGAACCUGCGGAUCAAAGCGCCCAUGUGCCGGGCCCUGAAGAAGCUCUGCGAUCCGGAUGGCUUGAGUGAUGAAGAGGACCAGAAGCCAGUGCGCCUGCCCCUGAAAGUCCCUAUAGAGCUACAGCCACGAAACAACCACGCCUGGGCCCGCGUGCAGAGCCUUGCCCAGAACCCGCGCCUCAGGAUGAUCGUGGAGCUGCAUCGAAAGGUCUCCAGCCUCAUCGAGUUCCUGAAGCAGAAGUGGGCGCUCCAUGAGGUGCGAGUUAGGAAGACACUCGAGGAGCGGCAGCUGCAAGACUCCUGCUCCCCACCGAUGCAGGAGAAGGUGACUCUGCACUUGUUCCCAGGCGAGAACUGCACGCUGACGCCACUGCCAGGCGUGGCCCGCGUGGUACACUCCAAGGCCUUCUGUACGGUGCACUGGCAGGAGGGCGGCCGGUGCAAGCAGAGUGCCAAGGAUGCCCAUGUGCUGCCCCCAGCCCAAAUCCUGGGCAUCCAGAGUGGGCAGGGCACAGCCCGGGGCCAGGUGAAAUGCCCUCGGGGCGGAGCUGAGGGCAAGGGUGCGGGGCGGCCCCCUCCUGCGGCUGACGCCUCACAGAGCUCUGGAGAGAGUUCCCCCGAAAGCACCCCUGGGGAAGGGGCCAUCCUAAGCUUGAGUAGCCCGGACGCUCCCGACAGACCUCCUGCUAGGCAGCAGGACACUGGGCCAUGUCCUGAGAAGACCCCUACAGAAGGCAGGGACAGCCCCAUCCGGGAGCCAGGGGCCUUGCCGUGUGCCUGUGGUCAGCUUCCAGACCUGGAGGACGAGCUCUCGCUCCUAGACCCCUUGCCCCGCUACCUGAAAUCCUGCCAGGACCUCAUUGUCCCCGAGCAGUGCCGCUGUGUAGACAUGCGGCCUGGGAGCGAGCAGCCUCCUCCGGGCCGGGCAGCCUCCCCAGAGGUGCUGGCUCCUGUCAGCAAGGAGCCUGUUGACCUUGCCCUCGCUGGCCCUGCCCCGAGGCCCAGCCCCGGGCUCUUGCCAGAUGUUUGCACUAAAGACUCGGCAGAUGCACCUGCAGAGGAGGUCCAGGAAAAGGGGAGCCCUGCCGAGCCUCCGCUGCCUCAGGGACAGCCUGCCGCCAGACCCCCAAAGGAGGUCCCUGCCAGCCGGCUGGCACAGCAGCUCCGUGAGGAGGGCUGGAACCUGCAGACCUCUGAAAGCCUCACGCUGGCCGAAGUCUACCUCAUGAUGGGCAAGCCCAGCAAGCUGCAGCUGGAGUACGACUGGCUGGGGCCCAGCCGCCAGGACCCCCGCCCCGGCUCCCCAGCCACCACCCUCCACAAGCAGCGCCUCCUCAGCUGCCUCCUGAAGCUCAUUUCCACCGAGGUCAACCCCAAGCUGGCUCUGGAAGCAAACACUGUCUCUACAGUGAGGACCUCCCAGGAGGAGCAGUCCACAACGCCCCCAGGGAAGGUGGUGACCGUCAGCUCUCGAAGCCCCCGCUGCCCUCGGAACCAGGCCACCCUCCGCAGCAGCAAGACCUUCCCGCCCAGCUCUGCACCAUGCCCCUCAGGUUUGAGAAACCCUCCAAGACCCCUCUUGGUGGCUGGUCCCACCAGCACGGGAAGCAGUGAUUCAGAUGGCGGCCUUUUUGCUGUCCCAACAACCUUGCCACCCAACAGCCGACACGGCAAACUCUUCUCUCCCAGUAAAGAUGCAGAGCUGACUUUCCGCCAGCAUCUGAACUCCAUCAGCAUGCAGUCAGAUUUCUUCCUGCCAAAGCCCCGGAAGCUGCGGAACCGGCACCUUCGGAAGCCACUGGUGGUCCAGAGGACGCUGCUCCCUAGACCGUCAGAAAACCAGUCCCACAACGUUUGUUCCUUCUCCAUCCUGUCUAACUCUUCCGUAACUGGGAGAGGUUCGUUCCGGCCCAUCCAGUCUUCUCUGACCAAAGCAGCUCUGUCUCGGCCGAUCGUGCCCAAGGUCCUUCCACCCCAGGCCACGAGUCACCUGGCCAGUACUAUCGACUUAGCAGCUACGAGUGCCGGCAUCCUCCCCGGGAACCCCCUCCCUGCCUUGGACACCGAGGGCUUGUCUGGCAUCUCUCCACUGUCUUCAGACGAGGUGACAGGUGCCGUCUCUGGGCAGGACUCCACUGGAGCUCACCAGAAUGGAGACGCCCUCCCCGCCAUGGGGGGCUCGGACCCGUUCGUCAGCAUCCCUUCGAGACCUGAGCAGGAGCCAGUGGCGGACAGUUUCCAGCAGGGCUCUUCUGUUCUCUCCUUAUCUGAGCUGCCCAAGGCCCCUCUCCAAAAUGGGCUCUCCACACCGCUGUCCUCGUCAGAGAGCUCCAGCACCCGGCUGUCUCCACCAGACGUCUCUGCUCUACUUGACAUCUCCCUGCCCGGCCCGCCUGAGGAUGCGCUGUCCCAGGGCGAGUCCGCCACACACAUAAGUGACUCCAUCAUCGAGAUCGCCAUCAGUUCUGGCCAGUAUGGUGAAGGGGUUCCUCUUUCUCCAGCAAAACUGAAUGGCAGUGACAGUUCCAAGAGCCUUCCCUCCCCAUCCAGCAGCCCCCAGCCAAACUGGAUCGCCUCUCCCACCCACGACCCCCAGUGGUACCCCAGUGACUCCACUGACUCCUCGCUCAGCAGCCUGUUUGCAAGCUUCAUCUCCCCAGAGAAGAGCCGGAAGAUGUUGCCCACUCCCAUCGGGACCAACAGUGGCACAUCCUUGCUUGGCCCCAGCUUGUUGGAUGGAAACUCAAGGGACUCAUUUGUGUCCAGGUCCCUGGCUGAUGUUGCAGAGGUUGUGGAUUCCCAGCUGGUGUGCAUGAUGAAUGAGAACAGCAUCGAUUAUAUUUCUCGGUUCAACGACCUGGCCCAAGAGCUGUCCAUUGCUGAGCCUGGCCGCCGAGAAGUUCUGUUUGAUGGUGGUGGAGGCGGCCCCCCUGUCAGUGACCUGUCCCAGUGACCACACGUCCUGGUGGCAGAUGAAGCCCUCUUCCAGCUAGAGAAAAACAGAUCAAGCCCAGGAGCCCCAGAGGAUGAUCUGAACAGAGGCAUCUCCGCACCCAUGACUGUGCAACAGGCAGGAAUGUGGUCAUAGAGCUGCUUCCCCACGAGCAGCAGGCAGUGGUGUCCCAGGAGACCAGGGCAAGCUCUUGGGAAGGGCCGACGUUAGAAAUGGCUGUGGUGCUGGAGCAGUUCUUCACCACGUCUGGGCCCACGUUAGGGUCUACAUAGUGAUCGCAUUUCAGCCCAAGCUCUGCCUUGAUUGUUGUGUUGGAUGUAAUGGUGGUGUUUCUUUCUGAGACAAGGGAGUGUGUGUGCCUUGGUAUAGUUGCCCCGUGCUAGGAGCUGUGAUCUCCCACUCUGCAGGGAGGCCCCAGCUCCUGCUGCUUGAUUUUUGCCAAACCUGUGCCAUGCUUCAGCUGUACCCUCUGUGGAAUGUAACGGGCAGGACAGUUGGUUGUGGCCUGGGCUUGUGCCGCAUGGUGUCACACCCUGAGGCAGCAAGCGCAUGGAUGCUGAUUGCAGGCUGCUGAGGAGUCCUGGGGCCCUGGGCUGGUGCCUCCCCUGUCUAGAGGUUUUGUUUGAUCUCUCUGAACAGGAAGUGGGGGCAGCAAGAGUCCUGUACUAUGCAGGUUGUGUGGACUUUACAUGGGAUCCUGCUAAGCUGGUUGAAAAUGUUUUUCUUGUGUUUUAAGGAUUAGGAGACAUGGAAGAGGAAGAACAAAGUCCCCUCUGUAGUUGGUUUCCUUCCUGUGUCCCUUUGCAAGCUUUCAGGUGACCUAAGGUGUCAUUUGUCUCUACUGGGGUGACCUCUAAGCACUAAUACGAUUACAGCAAAAACUUUCCUGAUAAGUUCUGAAACUCAGUCUGUGACUAUUUGGCACUUAGAACAAGUCCACCUUUGCAGGGAAAGUGUCUCGUGGGCGUGGAUGUGGGCAUGCCUGACGUGUGUUUAGUCCCUUCGUACCUUUGCCUUGAGAUAGCUGUGUCUCCUUUCCAUUUGGGACACUCAUGCAAGGGCCCAGACAUCUGGAUGUGGUUAGACGUCACCAAAUGUAUGCCUUCCUGGUGGUCUUCCUCCUUGCACCCCCUCAGGUGGUCAGCAUUCCUACCGAGGGUGGCUAGCGUUCCUACUGCAGACUGCCCAACAUCCAGUCUU